CGUUUCCUUUUUCCGUAUACUUGAAUUUUCAAUCACAGCCAAAAUGGCGUCCUUGAGAGGGUUAAACAUUAUGUGCAGGAUACCUUUUAAUACAGUUUGCUACCGAAGAAACCUUUUCCCACUUAGUGGUCGGCUCAGCCGAAUACGGGCAUUUGGGAGUACCGGUCCAGUUCUGCAGCAACAACCUUUUAACACCCCAGAGGAGAAGCCACAAUUUCCUGGAGCUUCUGCAGAUUUCGUGGAGCGUCUUGAAUUCAUUCAGCCUAAUGUAAUCUCUGGGAUCCCCAUCUAUAGGGUGAUGGAUCGACAAGGUCAGAUCCUAAACCCUGCUGAAGAUCCUAAGAUCCCCAGGGAGGAGGUACUCAACUUUUACCAGAAGAUGACAUUACUAAACACAAUGGACCGCAUCCUGUAUGAGUCACAAAGGCAGGGCCGAAUAUCCUUUUACAUGACAAAUUAUGGAGAAGAAGGUACUCAUAUGGGUAGUGCUGCAGCUCUUGAACCCACCGAUCUUGUAUUUGGGCAGUAUAGAGAAGCAGGAGUGCUGAUGUAUCGUGGUUUUCCUCUGGACCUCUUCAUGGCGCAGUGUUAUGCUAAUGCAGAUGAUCUUGGCAAGGGUCGCCAAAUGCCAGUGCAUUAUGGAUGCAAAGAUCUCAACUUUGUCACCAUCUCUUCACCACUGGCUACACAGCUACCGCAAGCUGCUGGGGCUGCUUAUGCCUUGAAGCGUGAAAACAACAAUCGUGCUGUAAUUUGCUACUUUGGUGAAGGUGCAGCCAGUGAAGGAGAUGCCCAUGCAGGAUUUAAUUUUGCUGCCACCCUGGAAUGUCCAAUCAUCUUUUUUUGCAGAAACAAUGGCUAUGCUAUCUCUACACCAACAAGUGAGCAGUAUCGUGGGGAUGGUAUAGCGGCUCGUGGACCAGGAUAUGGCAUCAUGUCAAUCCGUGUUGAUGGAAAUGAUGUAUUUGCUGUUUAUAACGCUACACGAGAGGCCCGACGUCGUGCAGUAGCAGAGAACCAACCAUUCCUCAUUGAGGCCAUGACUUACAGGAUUGGCCAUCAUAGCACCAGUGAUGACAGUUCAGCUUAUCGCUCUGUAGAUGAGGUUAACUACUGGGACAAACAGGAUCAUCCAAUCUCUCGUCUGCGCCAUUACAUGGUAUCACGAGGCUGGUGGGAUGAAGAUCAGGAGAGGGCGUGGAGAAAGCAGUCUCGUCAACAUGUGAUGGAGGCUUUUGAGAGGGCUGAACGGCGCCUUAAACCCAGCCCAGACAACCUUUUCAGUGACGUAUACGAUGAGAAUCCACCGCUGCUAAAGAAGCAGGAGCAAGACUUGUUCCAGCACAUUCGACAGUAUAAGGAACACUACCCUCUGGACCUGUAUGAAAAGUAGAUUUGUAGCUAUCUGGUUUCCCAGAUGUCUGUACUACUCCUGCACUCUUAGAGCUGUGGAUAUGUGUGGAUGACUGUGUGCUCUCUAGCCUCCUUAAUUAUUCAAACAAAACAGCUAGUAGAAGUUUGGCCUCAAGUCUAAUUUUUCUGUGGAACGUUUCAACUUUUUGCAGUUCAUGAGACAGCAGAAUAAGGUAACAGGAUGGCAGACUGGUAUGUGGUUCUCACAUAGUGCCUAGCCGUGGACUUGAAAGUCUGACCACAAUUCUGUCUUUAAAGUACUUAACCACUGUACAUGAUAAGACCCCAAGAAAAUAAUAAGUUCUCUCAGCCAUUGUCAGACUGUGUGGAAAUGUGCAGAGUCCUGUUCAUUAAAAUGUUAAUUUAUAAUUUGAAAAUGAAUACAGUAUCAAAGUAAAUAACGGCUAAUAAUAGUAUGCAAGUAAAACAAUGAUCUGUCUUCACAAAUAGCCAGCUGAACAACACUAUGGAAAUUAGUUCCUUUAUUCAGAGUUAAAACCCCAUGAUAAUCUGUUACAUAAAAUUUAAUAAGCUACACAUGCAAUAGAUGUACAUCUUAGCAAGCUGCAAAACUAUAUAAACACGGUACUUUCUAUGCAAGUUUAUCAUUCUGAUGUCAAUUGUCUAUUCAAAACUAAUGUAAAUUUUCUGUACACAUUUAGGUUAAUAAACUGAUUUGGAGCACUGUA